AAAAAAAAAAAAAUUCGGAACAGGUCUAAAAUAUAACAGUUUACUCCGUGAGAAGAAAAUUGUGUUUUCGUGUACAUAUUUCAUUCUUUUUUGAACGAUUUUAUUACUGUGUAACUACGUGACUUUAUGACAUUGUCGGUUUCAAUCUCUGACUUAGAAGAAUUGUGUCUGCUCUCUAGUUCCCAUGGCAUCCUUCACUACUCAUCAUCUAGAAGUUGAGUUUAUAGGGUUUCUCCACAUUUUUUGUUGCUUUUGUGUAAUUACACUCUUAGCUAUCCUAUAUUUAUUUUUGGCUCUGCACAGUAGGGCUACCGACGGCCGUCAUGGCUUCGGAGGAGUCGGAAACAUCGGUGACGCCGGUGAUAGACGCGUCCAACGUUCAGGAAAAACAAUUGUCUUACGCUAAAGCGGUGAAAAGUGGUCCAACACUCUCUGCGCAUGUCUACGACAUGGAGAUGGUGGAGGGGAAAGAAGUUGUGCAAGUGCCAGAUGAGGUGAUACAAGACACAGUACCUCUCUGGGAUGAUCUUUUGGAAGGGAGAUUUCUAGCUCCUGCUCCACAUGUUGCAAAGAUUCACGUAAUUGUGAAUAAGAUUUGGCCCUUGGGGGAUCAAUUUAUUAAGAUUGACGUCUUUCCGGUUAAUGAAGUCACAGUAAAAUUCAGGAUCAAGGAUAUGGCUACUAGGAAAAGAAUCUUGCGUAGAGGAAUGUGGAACAUUGCAAACAUUCCAAUGGUCCUCUCAAAGUGGUCACCGAUAGUGGAGGAAGAAGAGGAAGAAGAGAUCAAAGUAGUACCAAUGUGGAUUACAAUGAAAAAGGUUCCCCACAAAAUGUUCUCGUGGAAGGGCUUGGGUUUCAUUGCUAGUGCAGUGGGUAAGCCGAAGAGACUUCACCCUGAUACCGUUCUAUGCACAAGUUUUGAAGAAGCAAAGGUGUUUGUUGAAGCUGACAUGACUAAGGAGCUGCCUAAAUCCCAUCGUUUCAAAUCAAAGUUAGGUGUUGAUGCAGAGGUGGAUUUUAUCUACCCUUGGCUUCCUGAUAAAUGCAAUAUCUGUACCAAAUGGGGGCACACUCAUAAGACGUGCAAGUCAAGGAUCAAAUUGUUGACAAGGCAAGAGGAUUCUGAAAUAGUUAUCAAGAAUGCUGCACCUGUUAAGAGUGUGACUGAGAUUAUCAACGUCGACAGUGUCAAAAUAAACACGGGGAAAGAAGUAGUAAAGGAAACAAUGGAGACAGGUGUAUCAGGAGGAGUGGUUGUGUCACCAGCUAAGAAUAACAGUAUGGAAGCUCGGGAUGUGAUUGUCAUAGGUGAAACUUCACGAGCUUUUGAAAAGACUACGUCCGUACAAUCUUCUCCAGCUGAUAUUGAAGGAAAGUGGAGGGACGUUUCUCCAUCUAAGCAUCGUUGGCAAGGAAUUAAACCAGCGGCAGAGCACACUACUGAGAUCUCACCAUCACGUUUUGCAGUGCUGUUAGAGCAAGGAAAUAACGAUGACUUGGAAGGAAAAAAUGAAACAGAGGAGCGAAGUGGUUCAAAUGAUAAGGAAAGAGAAGAAGGUGAAAUCCUAGAAACACCAGAAGAGACUUCUAAGGAGGUAUCAGCAGAGGUCUCAGAGGGAGAUUCAGAGGAGGAAACUGGAACCAAUGAACAUCUGAAUAUGAAUAUAGGAAAAGCGGGGAAAACAGAGAAAGUGCUGCAGGUAAAAAACGCACCUACAAGAAGAAAUAAUAUGUCGGGUUUCUUCUGGAAUGUUAGAGGGUUCAAUAAAUCAGUCAAACAUUCUGUAGUGAAGAAGUGGGUUCAGGACCAAGGUUUUAUGUUUGGAGCGUUGUUGGAAACACGAGUAAAAGAAGGGAAAAGUCAGAGGAUCUCGAAUUCAGUCUUCAAAGAUUGGAAUCUGAUAUCCAACUAUGAGUUUAAUCCACUUGGCCGAAUAUGGCUAGUGUGGAGACCGGAAGUUCGAGUCACACCGUUCUAUAAAACUGAUCAAAUGAUCACAGUCUCAGUUGCUAUUGGCGAAGACGUAGAAGAAUUUUUCUUCACAUGUGUUUAUGCUCAUAAUACUGAGACAGAAAGGAGAGAAUUAUGGAAUGAUCUUAAAGCCCAUCAGGACUCACCGAUUAUUCGUCACAAGGCUUGGAUAAUCACUGGGGACUUUAAUGAGAUUCUAGAUGCUGAAGAACAUUCGAUGUAUGGGCUGAGGAACACAUUAUCUCAAGGAAUGAGGGAUUUUCAGGAUACAAUGCAUCACUGCAAUCUGCUGGAUCUAGCUGCUCAUGGCCCUCAGUAUACAUGGACGAAUAAAAGAGAAGAAGGUCUUAUAUCUAAGAAGCUUGACCGAGUUUUGAUAAAUGAUCAUUGGCUUGGAUCUUACCCUCAGUCCUAUAGUGUUUUCGAGGCGGGAGGUUGCUCGGAUCACCUACGCUGCAGGGUUCAUCUCCGCUCAGCUUUGAAUCGGCCAAAAAGGCCUUUUAAGUUUGUCAACGCAAUUGCCGAACUAGAAGGUUUUAAGCCGCUAAUGGAGAAUUACUGGCAAACAACUGACCCUAUUUUCUUGUCAACGUCCUCGCUCUAUCGUUUCUCAAAGAAGCUAAAAGCUCUUAAACCAAAAAUAAGAGUAUUGGCAAAGGAAAAAAUGGGAAACCUCUCGGUGAAGACCAAGGAGGCCUAUGAGAACCUGUGUGUGUAUCAAGAGGAGACUAUCAGGAACCCAUCACAACAAAACUUGGAGAGAGAAAACAAUGCAUAUGCACGUUGGGAACAUGUUGCUCAGUUGGAGGAGGGAUUUCUCAAGCAAAAAUCUAAGCUGCAUUGGCUGAAGGUAGGGGACAAAAAUAACAGAGUUUUUCAUCGGGCAGCAACAGCAAGAGACAUCAAUAACUCGAUCAAAGAAGUAAAGUGCAGAGAUGGCCGCAUUGUUAAGAAACCAGAUGAAAUAAAAGAAGAAGCUGAGGGUUUCUUUAAAGAAUUUCUUCAGCAUCAGCCAACUGACUUUGAGGGAAUUGAUGUGUGUAAGUUGCAGGAGCUUUUACCAUACCGAUGCUCAGAGGCUGAUCAGCAAGAGCUUACAAAAGAGGUAACAGCGGAGGAGAUCACUAAAGUACUUUUCAGUAUGCCUUGUGAUAAAUCGCCUGGGCCAGACGGAUUCACAGUGGAGUUUUUCAAAGCUGCAUGGUCUAUUAUAGGACCGGAAUUCAUUAUUUCAGUGCAGUCUUUUUUCGCAAAAGGUUUCUUGCCAAAAGGAGUGAAUACAACAAUUCUGGCCUUAAUACCAAAGAAAACUGUGGCUCUUGAGAUGAAGGACUACCGACCAAUAUCAUUGUGCAAUGUCAUAUAUAAAGUCAUCUCAAAAAUAAUAGCCAACAGGUUAAAGCUCACGCUGCCGGACUUUAUUGCUCUGAACCAGACAGCAUUCGUAAAAGGCCGUCUUCUUAUUGAGAAUCUCUUGCUUGCCACGGAGCUGGUGAAAGACUAUCAUAAAGACACGGUAUCUUCUAGAUGCGCCUUAAAGAUAGACAUCUCUAAAGCAUUUGAUUCGGUUCAGUGGAGUUUUCUCUUCAACACACUGGAAGCUAUGGAUUUUCCUCCAAUGUUCAUUCAUUGGAUCUCCCUCUGUAUAUCAACGGCAUCGUUUUCUGUCCAAGUUAAUGGUGAGCUUGCUGGGUAUUUUCAAAGUACAAGAGGCCUACGGCAAGGAUGUGCUCUGUCGCCUUACCUCUUUGUAAUCUGCAUGAAUGUUCUGUCGAAGUUGCUAGACAAAUCGGCCAAGGAUAGUAACAUGGGGUAUCAUCCCAAAUGCAAGAAUCUGGGGCUAACCCACUUGAGUUUUGCUGAUGAUAUAAUGGUUUUCACAGAUGGCAGAGUCAGAUCCAUAGAAAGCAUUGUGGAAGUGUUUAAUUAUUUUGGAAAGGUCUCGGGCUUAAAAAUCAGUAUGGAGAAAACUACUAUCUACUAUGCGGGGUUGUCUGAAGCAGAAACAGGCUUACUGGAACAGCAGUUUGAAUUUGCGUCUGAGAAAUUACCAGUUCGUUAUUUGGGGCUGCCGCUGCUAACAAAAAAGAUGGGACAAGAGGAUUAUGGUAUACUCAUUGAUAAGAUAAGAACUCGUAUUACACAUUGGACGAACCGUUUCUUAUCGAUGGCUGGUAGAUUACAGUUGAUCCGCUCUGUUCUUUUGAGCAUUGUGAACUUCUGGAUGGCUGGUUUUGUAUUGCCUGGCGCGUGUAUAAAGGAGAUAAAUAGCAUAUGUGCAGCUUUUCUCUGGUCGGGGCCUGUUCUGAACCCAAGGAAGGCUAAGGUAUCUUGGGAAAUAGUUUGUAGGAGGAAGUGUGAUGGGGGCCUAGGUCUUCGGCCACUGAAAGAAACUAACCAAGUCAGCUGUUUAAAACUUAUCUGGCGGACAGUAUCUUCACAAGCAUCCCUGUGGGCUCAGUGGACUAAAAUGAAUCUUUUCAAGAAUGGCUCGUUCUGGUCGAUCAAAAAAAAUACUACAAAAGGUUCAUGGAUGUGGCGCAAGCUGGUGAAGCUACGAGACAAGGCUAAAGAUUUUCACAAGAUGCAAGUAGGUGAUGGAAAUAACACUUCUUUUUGGUUUGACUGUUGGUCGAGUAUGGGAAGGUUGUAUGACUUGUUUGGCGCGCACGGUGUUAUUGAUAUGGGAGUUUCAAUGACUACAACUGUUGCUGUUGCUCUGAGCAAUCGGAGGAGGAGAAGGCAUAGGAUUGAUGUAUUUAAUGAAGUUGAAAAAAUCUGUGAGGACCAAAGGCUGAAACUCACUGGAGAAACUGAUGUAGCACUGUGGAAACAGAGCGAAGGAAAGUAUCAAGCAGUGUUCAAGACAAAACAAACAUGGGAACUUAUUCGAAAAGAAGACCCUCCCGUUCAAUGGUGGAAGAGCAUCUGGUAUAAACAUCACAUCCCUAAAUACGCUUUCUUUCAUUGGUUAGCAAUUCAAAAUAGAUUGUCAACGGGUGAUCGCAUGUUGACAUGGAAUGUUGGAGCUAAUCCAUCAUGCGUUCUCUGUCAGAAUGUGAUGGAAUCAAGGGACCAUCUCUUUUUUGAGUGUAGUUACUCGGCAGAAGUCUGGUCGAAACUGGUGCAAGGUUUGUUACUGAACUCGUACACAACUUUGUGGUCGGAGCUGAUGGUACUGAUUCGGGACACCAAUGGAGGUUUGCUGGAAAGGUUCCUCAUUCGCUAUACACUGCAAGUCACUGUCUAUUUCCUAUGGCGGGAACGAAAUGAGAGAAGGCAUGGCAGUACACCAAUAUUGCCAGGUUUUUUGGUGAAGCUAAUUGAUAGGCAAGUCAGAAACAGAUGUCUCUCAUUGCGACAAAUAGGAGACUUGAAGUAUACAGGAGCAUUAACAUUGUGGUUUGCCACAAGAUAGAAGAUUUGGGUUGUAACAGAGUUCUAGUUUUCAAAAAACAGAUGCACUUGUUGUAAACAAAGUAGUUUUUCUUUGAAUAAAUUUAGCAUAUAUUCAAAAAAAAAAAAAAAA